CACCUUUCCUCCCUCCUUCCUCUGCUUUCGCUUCCGAUCACCAAAAAAGACCUUUCUUUCCCGUCGCCCCUCGGUGCUCACUGCGGCGCCCGUGUCUAAAAGCAAGGCCUUGUGGGCGCCGACGCGGACGCAGCAGCAAUUUCGGGAGUAGAGGAUCCGAGUAAGAUCGGUCGAUCGCUAGCUACCUGCCGGGGGGACGACGGGAUGAAGAAGUGCGCGUCGGAGCUGGAGCUGGAGGCCUUCAUCGACGCGGCGGCGGCGGCCGAGCACAAGCCCGGGCACGACAUCGCCGCGCAGGCGGCGUUCGCUGCGGGCGUGUUCUCCCCAGGCGACCUCUCCGGCUUCAGCUUCGCCGACUCGAACACCCUCAACGGAAGCAUUCCUAAUCACCUAUGGUCCCAUAACCACAACGUGAGGCAUCCUGCAGUCUCCACGACAAUCGAGUCGCAGUCAUCAAUCUGUGCAGCAAGUCCAACAUCAGCGACCAACCUAUAUCUGAAAGAGAGCCAAACUCUGGGGGGCACAAGCGGUUCAGAUUCCGAUAGCGAAUCACUGUUGGAUAUCGAAGGUGGUCCAUGCGAGCAAAGCACAAACCCACAGGAUGUGAAGAGAAUGCGACGGAUGGUGUCGAACCGUGAAUCUGCUCGACGGUCGAGGAAGAGAAAGCAAGCCCACUUAGCUGAUCUUGAGACACAGGUUGACCAGCUGCGAGGCGAAAAUGCUUCACUCUUCAAGCAGCUGACAGACGCCAACCAGCAAUUCACAACUGCAGUCACGGACAACAGGAUCCUGAAGUCAGAUGUCGAGGCCCUCAGAGUCAAGGUGAAGCUGGCGGAGGACAUGGUGGCCCGCGGCGCUCUGUCGUGCGGGCUGGGCAGCCUCGGGCUGUCGCCAGUCCUGAACCCGCGGCAGGCGUGCCGGGGCCCCGACGUGCUGUCCGGCCUGGACUUCGCCGGCGACGGCGCGUGCUUCGCGGGGCUGUCCCCGACGGAGCAGGUCCAGAACUCGCCGCUGCAGAGCAUCGCCAGCCUCGAGAGCCUCGAGAACCGGAUGAACAGCGAGGUGACGAGCUGCGGCGGCCCCGGCGUGGACGUCUGGCCGUGGGACGGCGGCCUGUCCAAGUGAAGAGAAGCCGAAGCGUGGAAUGCGCACGCCGAUGGCAGCUGCUGCCCUGUACGCGUAUCGAUAUGCAUGCUACUAUGAACUGCAAGUGUAUGUCAGCUGCCAUUGCUAUGUCAGCUGGAGUGGUGAACUGAACGGACUUGAGUUUUUCAGAGUCCUCGUCUCGGUCGGUAUAUUGCCUAGUUCUGUAAUACACUAAUACUAGAAUUGAGUGGCUAACUAGCUACUCAUAUAUAAUUAUAUAUGCUAAGAGACUGAACUCCGCAGCAUAA